UGUCAUAUUCCGCCAUAGUGGUCUGCGUAGAGACGGCGAGUUGAACGGUGAAAUACACCGAGGAGUUAUUGUCUAUAAAUAUUGUUUGCUAGCUAGUUAAGUACGCAGGGUUAAUAUUAAGUAAGAGCAGGUGGUUACUUUCUUGCAGCACCGAGGUUUUUGACAUUUCGCAGGGAUAUGAAACGUAUUAAUAUUACACGGGAGCGCCAUUUUCACCAGUCUUUUUUGUUUUGGUGAGGAGGAAGGGAGGCCAUUUUAGGCCGCGCUUCUUCCCUGCUUUUCUUUCUUUGUAUCUCAGAUCUCGGCGUUUUAGCUGUUAUCACGACGGACGUGGACACGACGGAUAUUUGGAGUUUUUAGGGACUGGGGACUUUGGAGGUCUCCUUUCACCUGGAUAUUUGCCUCUGAAAUAUUUUUUUUCGUGUUCUGGGACUCUGCGUUUAUUAAUGGACUUGUUUCGACGCCAUGCAAUGGAAGUGUUCUCUCUGAUCGGACUCUGACGACACCUUAACCGUUUGCAGGGCCGGGACAUUUGAUGGCAGUCUUUCCUAUGUGGGGGUUGAAACCACCCUUGCCAAAUUAAACAUAGUUGGACACUUUUCUUUGAAGCAACUGGAAGAUUCUUUGUUGCCGUAUUCAAAACUGUGACGGACUGAAAUAAUGGAAUUGAUUUGAGACAAUGUCGUUUUGCCGUUGGUACAGGUUACAUUUUUCCUUAUUGGUGUGAAUUUAGCUAGUUUAAUUUUCCCCACUUCAGUAAAGCCAUAAGGUGAACUUUUUUGUCAGACAGUUGUGUCGAAGAGUUUUAUUUAUGAUGGUGUCGAUAGCUUAGCCAUUACUGAUGCGCUAGCUAGCCAGUAGUUAACUCAGUUUGUAAUUAGCUAGCUAGCAAAGGGAAAGGUUGAUUAACCCUCAGAAUUUGAUUGUACACUGCUGUUCUGUCGGGCAAAUUUAGUGUAAUUUGCUUCAAAAAUGUCUUGUGUGCACUAUAAGUUUUCAUCCAAACUUAACUAUGACACGGUCACUUUUGAUGGCCUGCAUAUCACGCUGAGUGACCUCAAGCGCCAGAUCAUGGGCCGCGAAAAACUCAAGGCUGCUGACUGCGAUUUGCAGAUAACCAACGCCCAGACAAAGGAAGAGUACACCGAUGAUGGGGCUCUCAUUCCCAAAAACUCAUCGGUUAUCAUUCGAAGAAUACCGAUUGGCGGAGUCAAAUCUGCAAGCAAAACAUUUGUUAUUGAUCGCUCUGAGCCUCCCAGUGGACCUUCAAAAUCAAUCGAUGAUUCUGCUGCCUCUAUUUCUCUGGCCCAGCUCUCCAAGACCGCCAACCUCGCCGAAGCGAACGCAUCCGAGGAAGACAAAAUCAAAGCUAUGAUGUCCCAGUCUAACCAUGACUAUGAUCCUAUCCAUUACAUGAAGAAACUCGUGGGUCCUCCCCCUCCAAACUAUACCUGCUUCCGUUGCGGGAAGAAUGGCCACUAUAUAAGAAACUGCCCGACGAAUGGGGACAAGAGCUUCGAGGCGCCUCAGCGGAUAAAGAAGAGCACAGGCAUCCCACGCAGCUUCAUGAUGGAGGUGGACGACCCCAGCAUGAAGGGGGCCAUGCUGACCAACACCGGGAGAUAUGCCAUCCCCACCAUCGAUGCAGAGGCCUAUGCCAUCGGCAAGAAGGAGAAGCCCCCCUUCCUCCCCCAGGAGCAGUCUUCCUCCUCGGAGGAUGAAGACCCGGUGCCGGACGAGCUCCUGUGCCUCAUCUGCAAGGACCUGAUGACAGACGCCGUGGUCAUCCCCUGCUGCGGAAACAGCUACUGUGACGAUUGUAUAAGGACAAGCCUUCUGGAGUCAGAGGAGCACAUGUGCCCUACCUGUAACCAAUCAGAUGUGUCGCCAGACGCUUUAAUUGCCAACAAGUUUUUGCGUCAGGCUGUUAAUAACUUCAAGAACGAGACGGGCUACACCAAGCGGAUGCGGAAGGCCGCUGCCCAGGCGCUCCCGCCCCAGCCCCAGCCCCAGCCGAGGCUCCAGCGUCCCGUCCAGCCUCCCCGCCCCCCCCACUCCCGGCAGCAGGACCCCCUGAUGGCUAACGUGACCCGCCCCGCGGCUGCCGCCACCCCUCCUCCCCAGGCCGCACCGCCAGCCGCCGCCCCUGCUGUGGCGGUCCACCAGCCGUCCGGCGCGCCCCCCCCCUCCGGCAUGCCCGCACUGCAGGGCAGCAGCGUUUCCGCUCCCCCCAGCUUCAGCAGCUCCGUGCCCUCCCCCCAGCGUUCCAUCAAGCAGGAAGAUCCACUUCCAUCCAAAGAGCCAGAGACAGUGACACCAGCACCAUCUGUUUUGAUGUCAGCAGAUCCACCUCUGACCACACCUGUCAUUCCAAAGGGAUUUCACGUUCCUGUGAUCGGGCAGCCUCACUCUCUUGCACACAUGCCUAGGACCGGCCCGCCACCGCGAUCCAACCCGCCCAGACCUGGAGCAGGAAGACCGCUUUGGGAAACGUCCUCCGGCAGAGGCAGGCCCCACGCUGACCGUCCCCCGCGGUCCCAGGCCCCGCCCAUCCCCGCUCCCCAGCCUCCCGCGCUCCCCGUGUACGCUCCCCCCUCGCUCUUCCCCCAGCACCAGCACCCCAUGCCCCAGCCACCCGGCCUGGCUCCCCAGCAGUACCCGAUGCAGUUCCCACCAGGGCAGCCACCCGCCGCCACCUACAAUGUGCCCCCGCCGGUGUUCCCCCCAACCCCGGCAAAUGUGGCCGCCGCCUGGGUGCCCCCCGGGACCCAGGCCCCGAUGGGCAACGCCAUCCCCCCUAUGACCCCUGCCCCUUUCCUGUCCAAGGAGGAGUUCUACAGACAGCAGCGUCGCCUGAAGGAAGAUUCGCACUGUCGAUUCGUUGCCAGGGAGAAGUCUAAGCUGGAGGAAUUCACCAACGACUUUGCUAAAGAGCUUCUGGAGUACAGAAAGAUGCAGAAGGAGAGGCGGCGCUCCUAUUCCAGGUCAAAGUCACCCUACAGAGGCUCGUCGUACAGUGGCAGUUCAUACUCCUACUCCAAGUCCCGGUCGCGCUCCCGCUCCCGCUCACUGCGCUCCUACUCGCGGUCUGUGAGUCGGUCACGGUCUAGAUCCCGCUCACGGUCGCGUUCCCGCUCCUAUUCGCCGUACUCGCGCAGAGGCGGUCGGGGGCGCAGCCGUAGCUACCGGUCCAGGUCCCGUUCCCACGGCUACCACCGCUCCCGCACACGCUCCCCAUCGUACCGGGGGAGGGACGGCGGCGCUGGCAGCAGCGGGGUGUACCGCUCUCGGUCCCGAUCGCCGGGGGGUUACCGCAGCCACACCCCGACGAAGAAAGCAGUGUCCCUGGCUCAGACCGAGGGGGACCGCAAGUACCUAAACCGGUACAGAGAGCCACCUCCCUACGAUGCCAAGGCCUACUAUGGGCGGAACGUGGAUCAGGGAGACUCUUAUGAGAGGGAGCGGUACAGGGAGUGGGAGAGGGAGUACAGGGAGUGGUACGAGAAGUACUUCAAAAGCUACAGCAACGCUCCCGGAAACCUGCCCAGAGGACGGCUGCCGCCCACUAACAGGGACCCUUUCACUCCUGAGCGCUUCGCUCCACCCCGUCCCAGAGAGAACUCGCCCUACGCUCGGGGGAGGAGAGACGAAUACCCACCCCCGGGGCAAAGCCACGGCAUGCCCCCAAGAGGCCGCAACAUCCCCCAGACGUACCAGGAGAAGUUCUCCUUCAAAGAGGGCCAUGGGCUGCCCCUAGGCGGUGCUGGUCCUGGCAGAGGGGGCAGCAAAGAGCUCCAGAAGGCCCCCAAAGAGAAGGAGGCGAGCGGAGGCGUGGACCCUAAGGGCCUGAAGCACAAAAAACACCGCAAAAAGAGGAAGGGCGAAGAGGGCGACUCGUUCAGCCACUCGGACUCCAUGGAUGACAGCAGGAAGGACGAUCGCAAGGACUCGGUGCUGAUGGCCUCGAGCCGGGACGAUGCCACACCCGUCAGGGACGAGCCCAUGGACGGCUCCGCCCUGCCCUACAAGGCCACCUCAGACAAAGACAGGAGGGAGAAGGUCAAGGGCAAGAGCGAGAAGACCAAGAGGAAGCCCGAGAGUGGCACCCAGAGGAAGGAGUCGUCCACGAAGACUGCCACGGCGGCAAAGCCCUCCAGAGACAAGGACACGGACACAGAUCGCGAGAGGUCACCGCGUUUGGAACCGGCUGUCAAAAAGGUUAAAGAGGAACCACCCCUCAAGCCUGAUCCGGGCAAACCCCAUCCGUCUCAGAGGGAAGACCGCCCACCCCCGUCCCGCAGGGUGGUCCAGAAACCAGUCAAACAGGAGCCCAAGGCCCCCAAAGAGGACGUCAAGGUGAAGAAAGAGCCCGUCAAAGAGGCUGUCCCUGCCAAGCAUGACAAGGGCCCCGCCAAAGAGGAGAGGCCCAAGCGGGAGCCCGAGAAGGUGGUCAGGGGCGAGGAGAGACCGUCCAGCAAAGCCGCUGAGGCCAAACCCGAGAAGCGCAAGAGAAAAGACGAGAAGGUCCCUGAGAGGGAACCGGACGCCCCGCUGACCAAGGUGCCCCGGGCCGACGCGGCCGACGGCGUCAAGGGGUCCCCCAAACCCAAGCCCAAGCUAGAGGGUGAAAAGCAGGCAGAGAGGGAGAGGCCAGCCAUUCGCCCCCUGAUGGAAAAGGAGAUUAAGCCUGUGCCCCUAAGGAAGAUCAAACUGAACCGCGAGAUCGGCAAAAAGAUCGGGAGCACAGAGGGCCCUCCCGCACUGGAGGAGUCGGCCGAUGGAGCUGGGAAGAGCAAACCCGAGAAGACCAAAGGCAAAAUCCGCAGGAAGAUCCCAGCCCUCGACAGCUCAGGGUCUCUGCUGGUGGAUUAUACCAGCACUAGUUCUACCGGAGGCAGCCCCAUUAAGAAGCUGGAGGAGAAGCAGGACCUGAGGAAGACUGUGGUCAAGACCCUGGAGGAGUACACCAAUGACAGCUCCACCCCGGCCGAGGAUGAGAUCGUCAUGAUCCAGGUCCCUCGCUCCAAGUGGGAGAAGGAGGACUACGAGUCGGACGAUGAUGAGGCGAAGGUGUCCGCUGCGCCGUCAGGAAACGGGGCCCCUGCCGUUGCCACUUCCCUGGCGGAGGAGGGUGUGACUGCCAAACCCAGCAACAAAGACUCCACCCCUCCCGAGAGGCCUGCUUCCAUCGCCAAAGAGACCGCAAGCACAGAGGUGCCACCAGAUGUCAAGCCUGCAAAAGUGUCUACUCCGAGCGACAAAGAAAAGGAGAAGGACAGAGAGUGGGAGAGGGAGAAGGAGAAGGAGAGGGAGCGGGAGAAAGAGAAGGAAAGGGAAAGAGAGAGGGAGAGAGAGAGGGAGAGGGAAAGGACAAAAGAGAGAGAGCGCAGUGCUUCAGACAGAGACGGCACCGAGAAGCGGAAGCCCCCUGUCUCUGGCUCGGACAAAGAGAGGAACCAGGAGCGCAGCAGUGACUACAGCAGUGAGAAGAGCUCCUCGUCCACCUCGCACUCCUCCUCCAGAGACAGGCCUUCAGAGAAGCCAGACUCUACGUCCUGGAAACCGGGCGCCAAGGACAGUAGUGCCUCUGCUGCAGCUUCUGAGAGGAAGGUAGAGCACAGAGCCGGCGUGAGAGACCAUUCUGGCUCCAAGUACAAAGACACUAAACCAAGAGAUGCCAUCAAGAGGAAAGACUCCCCGCCUCCUUCUAAAGAUCAGAACCUGCCCCCUAGAGGCCGGGAGAGGGAAGUGCACGCGGAAACGGCGAAGAGAGGAGCGCCCCCGCCAGAAUCGCGGCGAGCAGAUCACAGCCCCAGCUGGGACAAGAGACCGCCCCAGAGCGGGCCGGAGCCCAAGAGGCCGGCCCCAGACGACCACAGGGCAGACAGGCCUCCCAGGGAGGCACAGGCCAACAAGCACACGGACGCAAAGGGUGCAAAGGAGCGGGAGCACGGAGCUCACAAGCCGCCGCACCGUCCCGCUUCUCCUGAGGAGCGAGGGGCGGGGCGCGGGGGCGGGGACCGCGAACACGUCAAGCCCAAGCCCCCCUCGGCCCGCUCCGCCCGCCUCUCCUCCGACCUCACCCGUGAGACGGACGAGGCGGCCUUCGUCCCGGACUACAGUGAGAGCGAGAGCGAGGAGGCCUCUGAGCCUGAGCCUCGGGGGCGGGACAGGGGCGGGGACAGCAGCCCCAGUGGCAGCCAGAGCCCCUCGGGCAGCCCCGCCCGCAGCAGCAGCGCCAGUUCCGCCGGCAGCCAGGACAGCAAGAAGAAGAAGAAGGACAAGAAAGACAAGAAGGACAAGAAGAAGCACAAGAAGCACAAGAAACACAAAAAACACAAGAAGCACGCCAGCAACGAGUCGGAGUCAGAGCUGAAGGGACAGAAACACAAACACAAGAAGAAGAAGUCAAAGAAGAACAAAGAGAAGGACAAGGAUGAAAAGGAGAAGGAAGACCAAAAACCCAAAGUGACUGCCUGAGAGCCACGGAAGCAGUUGACUUAAUUUACUCAAGUCGCUUGUUUUGUAACAACAUCAGUAUAUUGUACAGAGAAUUUUUUUGUUUUUGUAAAUAUGCAUAUAGAUGAAAAUGCUGCACGUAAUACUACUGCUCAGCUGAGAAUUGUUUUUGUUGAUUAUUUUGUCUUCAGACAAUUACAAAAAUGCAAAAUUGUACAGAAAUAGUUUGACCAUGCAAAUGAUAGAUGCGGUGUUGAGGGAUUAGUUACUUGAAUGGUGAUAGUGAAAUUAUUUGUUGUCAACCUUUAAGGAUGGGGGUCCGGCAUACGUAAGUCUGUUUCAGAAAUUCUCUCAGUGAUAGUCCCGUUGAGAGGACGCCACUCUCAUAUCAUAUAGGCAUUCAGUUCUUUGGUUAAGAAAUAAUUGCUAUAGCGAAAAGCACUUUAAAAAUACGAGAUAUAAUAUCGCAUAGCCUGAUGGCACAAGUUCCUAUAUGUACCUCAUAUCUUGCAUAGGAUUCCGAAUGCAUUAGGACUGUUUAAUUAUGACAUGGCAAUAUUAUUAUGGGCAGAACUGGAUUGUGUUUUAAUGAAUACUGGCAUGGUGACACAUCCUUACAGGUAGGUGUGGGAUUUGCUGUACUGUGAAAAUUUCCUCCGCGGUUUCUUUAUUUUUAUUUUUAUUUUGCAUCGCCUUCAUGUUUAAUUUAAACUAC